AUGGGGGAGAUUGUUGCCAAAAGUAAAACUGUUUUUCGUUUGAUCUUGCGAAUUCUACCUCAAGAGCAAUUUGAUGCAACAGAUUCAUUUGAAAAUAAGUUUGGAUGUCCUUCCUUCCAGACCAGGGAUCUUCUACAACUUGCAAAGGAACUUGAACUCCGUGUGGAUGGUGUAAGUUUUCAUGUUGGAACAGGAAUAAAGGAUCCCAGAGCAUAUAUAGCUACAUUAAAGCAAAGCAGGGAUGUGUUUGAAAUUGCUCGUGGAAUUGGUUUUAACAUGAAGUUACUUGAUAUUGGAGGUGGUUUCCCAGGGGUGCAAAACACCUCUGAUUUCUUUCGAGAGAUUACAAACGUUGUGAAUGAGACACUUGACGAUAUAUUUCCACCAGCGGAAGGCGUGGACAUUAUUGCCGAGCCUGGUCGUUAUGUUGUUGCGUCAGCUUAUAAUGUUGUAGUAAACAUAAUUGGAAAACGCUUUUUUCCAGAGAAUCCUCUACUUAGAGAAACUGGUAAUGCAACAGUCAAGGACAUUUGCGAAGGUGAUAGUAAUACCGUUAUGUAUUAUGUGAAUGACAGUGUAUUUGGCAGCUUCUUAGCUGGAGGGUUGUACGAACCUGGGAGUAUAAGAUACGUUCCCAAGCUAAUAAAGUGUGAAGAUGAUGCUGUCUCACAUGAAAGUAUGAUAUGGGGAUUUACAUGUCCUCCAAAGGAUUGCCUGAAUCCUUCCGUACGCAUGCCGGAACUUGGUGUCGGUGACUGGCUAUAUUUUGAAGACAUGGGUGCAUAUACAAAUAGUAUUUCUUCAAAUUUCAAUGGACUGGAAACUCCUGAGAUAAAAUACUUUUGUUUAGAAAGUUUAUGGUUCGAAGUUUUCUCCGGACAACCACAAAGAAAUGAAUAAAAACAGCAGCUAUCAGAAAUAAAAUCUUAUUUUUGUGGUUAUUAGAAUUUUUACGAUAUUUAUAUGAUUAUAUCUUAUUUUAGCAAUAUUCUGUACGUGAACUGCUUUCUCUUGCUUUUUCUCUUUGAGCUCUAACUUCUGCCAAGUCUUUAUGGUUAAGGGUUUUGAUGUCUACAUCAAUAUAGUUGUGGUUUAAAUAUGUUCCUGCUUUAACAGUUACAUAGAAAGAUGAUAGUGAUAAAGACUGAAGUUUUGCUACUGACCAUUCCAAUGCGUUGUCUUGCUAAACUUUCUUCUUCAUGCCUGUGUCUGUUUAUUACUUCUGUGUUUUCAAAUAUAUGUGUUAUGUUUGUAUGAACAUGUGUACAUUUUAAUAUACUCCCUAUCUCUCCGUGAAGCAUUGUAUGAUUGACCGCGUGGUCUUACAACUUUUUUU